AUGCCCACUCCUAAAGUAGGGGCUACUCAAUGGCUAGAACAAAUAAAAGACAUACAAAAUCAUGGAGAAGAACAGAAGAUAGCAUCUCAUGUGCAUCCAUACAUUUUCACUGUACCAGAAUCCUUGCGUAGCGAAAGGCAAGAAGCUUACGUGCCUCAGGUAGCUUCUCUAGGACCUUAUCAUCACCUUAAACUUGAGCUAUAUGAAGCUGAAAGAUAUAAAUCUCGGCUUACUAUCCAAGUUGAGAAAAGAGCAAAGAAGGGGCCUUUUGAGGUUUUGGUUAGAGAGAUCAUUAAUAUGGCAGAGGAGAUAAGAAAUAGCUACAAUGAUCCUAUUGAAUGCAACAAUGAGGUAUUAGGGUGGAUGAUGGCUCGAGAUGCUGUGUUUAUUCUGGAGUUUCUUGGCUGCUAUAACCUAUGUCAGAGCCCACGGUAUCAAGAGGCAAACCCUUACCUCCAAUGUGUGGAUGCAGUUUUUCACCCAGAAAGAAAGAGCCCAUUGUUCUUCCCGUUUCAAGCUGAUAUUUUUAAGCUGGAGAACCAAGUCCCACUCUUCAUUUUGAAAAAAGUUCUGGCAUGGGAAACUGGCUCAGAAGAUCAAGCAAUGGACAGACUUAAAAUGACAAUUUCAAGUGCCUGUAAGAAGUUCUCCCCUUUCAUACCCGUUAAAGAAUCAUAUCGUUCCCUUACACGAGCACACAGCAAUAUUUCACUUAAUGAAAGGCAUAUACUGGAAUGCCUUUACAAUUUUGUAAUCCCAAAUGAAAAUGCUGCUCAGGUUAGUGUUUCUCUUGAAGAUGGUCAGAAUAGAACCGUGGCGAGGUUCGAAAGUUUUCACUUUCUUCGCCAGAUAACAUCAAGAUUUAUAGACUGUUUGUCUCGGUCUUCAAAAUCACGUGUCAAAGCUGACAAAAAUCUGCCUUCGGCCGCAGAAUUACACAGGAGAGGAGUAAAAUUUGCUCCUUUUACAUGGGCAUCUGAAAUAAUAAGGUUUGACCGAGCCAGCUCUACUCUGUUCCUCCCCUGUAUAGAAAUGGAUUACAGAACAGAUGUUUUCUUGAGAAACAUGGUGGCAGUGGAAGCAUUCAUGAUGUGGAAAACCAGAGUGUUUACUUGCUACGCAGAUCUGAUGGACAGACUCAUUGACACUCCUAGUGAUGUUGCAGUGCUGAAAAGGUAUGGAAUCAUCACCAGCGACUUGGGAAGUGAUAAAGAAAUAAGCAAUCUGUGGAAUGGCAUUCGCAGAUCAAUGUGGAGGAGUGCAUAUGAGCCCAUUGACCAAACUAUCAAGGAUGUCAAUGCUUAUUACAGAAGCAGAUAUGGAGUUUUACUGGGUGAGUUUCUACAGGAACAUUUUUCAAACCCAUGGCGAGCUGCAUCAGUGGUGGGAGCAUGUACUCUGCUUGUCCUAGCUUUCUUGCAGACGCUAUUCUCAUAUUAUCAACUGUACCCUUAUCAUCACCGUCAUCAUCAUAAACCCUAG